UGUUUGGACUGGAGAAGAUUCACUGCAAAGCGCUCUCUAGUGUCUGGUCAGAAAUUCUUUUUCAACUCACUUUCGGUUUCUGAUGUUUUGUCUCUCUGAUUGAAAAUAGGAAUUAUCGGGGUUUCCCAAGAUGGGAAACAAAGCUACAACGGUGAAAGAAGAACGGGAAGAGAUCCACUUGAAGAUUGUACCUCCAUUGGACAAAGUUUUUCUACGUUGGCUCGCGAGAGAUCUACAAAGAUUUCAUGGAUUCAAACCGAAGAACAACACUAGUGCGAUCACUCCUCCAGAUAGCUACAUCGAGUUUAUGCGGUUAAAUGGAUCGCUUGAUGUGGAUUUAGAUGACCCUGAUCUUGCCCAUUUGUUCAAGUAAAAAAGUUCUAUUGGUGUCUGUGUUUGUUUUGUAUGAAGCCUUCCAAAGUCUUAGUAACUCUUUUGAUUACUCAUACUUAAGCUUGUGUUUUGGAAACUCUCUAUAAAUAUAUAUUUAAUCUUCUCUAA